CCCGUAUAUUUUGUGAAAGUGUCCAUAUCUGUUACAACAAUGAGCGUGUUCUUUGCCGAAAUCGAUGCCAUCUGUUCCUCGCUGGGCUGGGAAGAUGGCGACAAGUAUCAUAUGGAUCCGGAGGCCCUGCAAGGCCUGAAACAUUUGAUUUGGAUCCUGAAGCAGGACAAAGUCGUCCACGAAUGUCGUCGGUACAUCGGAGGCAAGCGGGUCGUGCAGACCGACCUGAUACCGAUGCUGAUCAGUAACUUUCACAAUGCGGACCUGGUGGACGUAUUGUUACGUUUACUGGUCAAUCUUACGUUUCCAACGCUACUGCUCUACAAUGGAAACUACCCAAAGGAUGCCGUGGAACAGCGAAAGUGUAUGCGACUGAUCGACAUUGCCGAGGAGUACAAGGAGGCGUUUUCGGUGAAGGGCGUCUGGUCGGUGCUAGGCGAUCGGUUGGAAAAGAUUUUACACACCGAUUGGGCAGUGCGCAGCGAAGCGGAUGGAUUAAUCAUAGAGCGCAUUUUGAUUCUGAUAAGAAACGUGCUGCAGGUGCCAGCAAAUGUUGAGAAAGAAAAGCGCAUGGAUAAUGACGCCAGUCUGCACGAUUGCCUACUGUGGGCCCUACAUCAGGCCGGAAUUCUCGAUCUGAUUUUAUACAUCCUCGGUUCACCGCACGAAAACCGCUUUCUGAUCCACUCACUGGAAAUUGUGAGCCUUGUGUACCGGGAACAGUCCACGGCCAGCCUCGCUGAUGCGACCUUACAGCGCAGCACGAUCGAAAAGAAAAACGACGAAAUGCAACUGAUCAAAGCGUUGCACCCACCGGGCGGGUCCCGGAAACCGCUGUCCACGGCGCGCCACUCCCGCUUUCGAGGCACCUACACGUUCCACAACCUAAAGUCCAUCUCGGAGGCCGAUGCCAUAUGCCACCAGUCGCUGGAGAAAAUCGUCCGCAGUGAGGAACUCGGCGCGGAAAAGCAACGAAUCAAGCAACCCUCUCGCCACGUGAAGGAAACGGAAAAGGUCGAGCGGAAAAGCAUCUUCUCAGUGCGUCUGUUUCUGCGCGAGUAUGGCAUGGAAAUUCUGCGCCUCUACAACAACAUGGUCCGCCAGGUGCGACGCUAUCUGGAUCAGCACAGCAGCGUCACCGUGUCCGACUUCAACGACGACUCAUACCUGCUAUGGGCGAUUCGUUUUUUCCUCGAGUUUAACCGCCACGGUGGGUUGAAGAUCGAGCUGGUCAGCGAAUCGUUAACCAUCGACACGUUCCAUUGGAUCAUUACGCGCAUGGAGAACUGCAUGGAAAACAUCGUCUCGGACAAAACCCGAAAAAUGCUGUGGGCCCGUCGGCUUCACAUCGCCGUACAGACGUACCGGGAGCUGCUGAACAACCUGCAGGCGCUGGAAAAGAAACCGGAUGCGAACGCGCGGGAAUUGCUAAACCUGCUGCAGAACAACAUCUUCUACGUGGUCGAGUACCGUGAGACGGUGGUGCACCUGCUGAAGGACUUCAACGAGACGCACCACAGCCGGGCAUACCUUCGCGACGUGGUCGAGGUGGCACACCUGUUCUUUGGCAUGCUGCAAAAGUUCUGCAAAGGCACCGUGCGUGUGCAGGAACGGGUGAAACCGAAGAAAAAAAAGAGCAACAAGAACCAACGGAAAAAUCGCAACGAACAGGCGGACGACGAACAGGAGGAUGCGGAAUACCUUUGGCUUGAGGUGGCGCCAAAGAUUGCUGCCAUCCUUGAGUCGGGCGAAGGGGCCGAAUCGACGCUGAAGGAAGAUCUACCAACACCCUUUGAUUCGGCUUCGUCCGUCCCGAUCGAUGACCAGAAAGGGGACUGCGUGGUUCGCAUCCACGCGAUUCUCCGCGAGGGCGCGUACGAACAGGCAAUCAAAAUGUUGUACGCCGCGCGAUCAGUUUGGACCGACGACGGUUGCUUUGGUAGUGCAUCAUCAGCACCGGACGAAGAUUUGAUGACAUUGAAAGAAAUCUUCACGGCAAACCUAGCGCAGGAGAAGAACAGUGGUGCGGUCGAGGAAACCCAACCGGAGGAGGAAGAGUCCGGUGAGGACGAAGAAGAGGAAGCGGAACGGCAGAUUCAUAAGGCGGAAAAAGAUUUCAACUUCGAAGACUUCGCCAAACGGUUGAUCGAUCCGAAGAUCGUGCGUGCCUGUACGAUCGUGCUGAGUGAUUGGGAGAAAAUCAAGACACCAACGCUUAAGGCGGCCGUAACGCUUCUCUAUCGGAUUGCCGUGGAGUUGAAAGCGCCGACGAUGUUGUUCCAGCUAUCGUUGCUACGCAUCUUUCAGCGAGUUCUACGGGCGUCCGAGUGCUCCCACGCGUUCGAGCUGCGCCGGCUUGCAAUAUACACGUUGCGGCAGCUGCAAAAGCUCCAUACGUCCUCCCCGGGCGAGGUGUUGUAUGCGGAGAUGCUCUUCUACAAAACGGCACGUAUCGCAACGGCGAUCGAAAUCGGGUACGACGAUAUUUACGGUCAAACGGGCUCGUCCAAGAGUCGCUGGACGGAGGAACAAGAGGAAGAGCUGCGGAGGUUGUUUAUGGAAAACCAGCAGAACCCACAGACCGAUCAGGACGUGAUCGAUUGGCUGCUGGAAAACAUUAUCGAUCGCACGCGUACCCGCAGGAUCGUCAUCAAGAAGCUGAAAGACUUGGGGCUCAUUUUUAAGGCUCCAACUAAGCGGAGCAAUAUGAAUCGCGCCCAGCACAAUCAGUUCAGCGUCGAGGAGGACACGAUACUGCGGCAACUGUAUGACGAGCACCGGUUUGAUCAACGGCGCACACUGAAACGGAUCGUGAACGGUUUUGGGAAAAAGUUCAAACCGGGUGUGAUCGUGAAACGACUGAUCACACUAGGGUUGAUUGCGGAUGCGAGCGAAGUGAAGCCACCGAAGCGAGGAAACGCAGAGCGUAAUGCUGGCGAAAGCCAUUCCGACAACGACGAUGACGACGAGAUCGACGAAGACGAUGACGAGGAUGAUGAUGAUCGCGACAGAAGCUACAGCAGCAAGCCACUGGAUGUAAAGGCUGUCGAAGCUAGCCUCAAACUGUUGGGGUCGGCCGAAAAGGAAAGUGUCCAGUGGAUUAUCGAGUGCCUGAACGAGGUAAUGCAACUGAACGAAGACUCGGAUCCCGAUCCGGAGCAACAGGAGGAAGGAACGCCAAUGGUUGCAAUCGCACCCUACCAGAUCGCUGCCCUGGAAAAGGCAGAAUUUAAACGCUUGCUAAAAACACUCGGUAUAAUGGAUGUGACCAGGCACCACUGUUAUCACCGGAUACCAUCUACGUUGAGCCCGUCGGAUUUACAACAGCGCCUUACGAUCCUGGAGCGGUUUUGUAGCUCCGAUGACUUUGAGCUGAAUUCACCGGUCGUCCUGAAUGAAACGGUAGGCGAACGGGGAGGAGAGGAGGGGGAAGAUGUGGUCAACAACGUCGACGAAGGUGAACGAUCCAUGUCUCCGUUGCGCGUCGUUGACGAUGACGAUGAUGACGCGAAUCUAAUGCCUUCGUUGCAAGUUGAUGAUGACGACAGUGAACCGGAAAUUGGGUCAAUCCGGAUAACGAAUGAAGCAUCAUCGAUGAAACGUGACCGUUCGUUGGACUCCUCGGAUUCGGAAUCGGAAAUGAGCGUGCAGCAUAGUACGAAGAAGAUACGGAAAAGGGCCGCAGUCAUUAGUAGCGAUGAAGAUUGAUCGAAAAAAACUCUAUUUCGUAAAUACAAUGUUAACCACAUUAAACUUCCAAUAAAUGAACAUUUUUCGAUUUUAAUCUUUCCUGUUUCAUAAAAAAAAAGUUUUAAAUUGUAAAAUAUACUCUAUAACUUCCUUCUUA